AAGCAGAGGUGGCCUCCAGCUGGAGGUUGGUCUCUCUGCUCUGUCUGCACCUCUUGGCUCAGUUCCCCUGCGCUCCAUGACUCCUGCAUCGCCUGGCCUCUUCUUGGUUUGGACUUGCCCCUGUGGCUGGGGCCAGCUGAGUGUGUAGGUCCUAGGCCAGGGGGACCAGGGCGGGGUGCAGCCAAGCUGUGAGUCUGAGCGGGAGACUGAGGUCUCUGAAGGUCUCUGUGGGGAGACCUUCCUGAGCCACCCUUACCCUAAUCCUCCUGCUGUCAUCUUCCAGUAUAGUUUAGGGGAGGAACACCAACAAAAGAGCCAUGGGUUGUAAAUUCCACACCCAGCUCUGCCACUUGCUAGUUGUAAGACCUUGGGAAGCUUUUUCCUUUCUCUGAUUUCCUUUUUAGAAAAUUGGAGCCAUAAUACUGUUUUCCCUCAUAAAGAUAGUAAUAAUGGGGGCCUUUUAUUGUGUGCUAACUUUGUUCCAAGCACUGACAUUAUCUAUUUUAUUCUCCCAACACUUCUAGGAGAUUGGGAUCGUUAACUCGGUUUUACAGGUAUGAAAACUGAGACUGAGAAAGGAUAUGUAAUUUGUUCAAGUUCAUAUGGCUAAUAGGUGGCAGAGCUGGGAUUUGAUCCCAAGUCUGACUCCAGAACCCAUGGCCUUAACCACCAGGCUAACCAGCCUUUAGGGCACACUCCCCAGUGAGAAAAAGGGGAGAUGAAAAAUCAUAGAACCUCUCAGCUCCCUCUUAUUUGUUAUUUUCUAGCCAGCAGAUACUUGCCCCAGCCUGACCCAACCCACAGCUCCCCUCCCCUGGUGCCGCUGCCUCUGGGCUCCAGACCGAAGGGGCAACAAAGAAUUGGAAUGUGGCCGUCCCCGGCCUCCUGCACCAGUGCUUGGGCCCUGGGUUCUGGGGUCAGCUUUCAAGGCCAUUGUUGUUUCAGUCCAUUGUCCACCCAUCCUCCCUAAUGAGCAACCUUCCCUCCUCUGAACCAGAGGUUCUCUAAACUCCGUAGGCCCAGACCCCUCUGUCCCCCUGAGAGCUGGAGCAGUGAGGGGCUAUGGCUGAGGCUGGUCUAGUCAGUCCCUGGGGACAGGGACUAUGCCACAGGAAAAACAGUAGACUUGGAGUUCUGAAACUUUUUUGAGCUUCAGUUUCCUCAUCUAUUAUAGAGGUUAUUAAAGCCUCUCACAGGGAAAGGUAAGACAACCAUGUGGAACCUUCUAGAACAGCAUAUGAGAAGUAUGUGAUAAGUAUUGAAGGAUCUGUUUUAGAGAAAGGAGGUGAUCUGAAAAGAUUCCUUUUUGGAGGAAGGUGCUCCACAGCUUCCAUCAGUCUUGGAGCCAAAGCCAAGGAAAGUGGGUUGAGAAGGCAGCAGGACAGCUGCAGGCUUAGACAUGGGGAGCUGGUUUAUUGGGGUUUGUGUGGUAUGAGGACCUGGAAAAGGGAAAGGAGGCAGUUUUGGUUUUCUUGCCCAUGGUCUCUGGCUUGGGGUGGGACUCUGUCCCCAGUCCCUCCUCAGCAGUGACUCCGUGUAUGUGCCUCUCUCUUCCUUCUGCAGCUGUUGCCGCUCACCCCGUGUCUUCUGGUCGCUUCCCUCUUUGCUGCCCCUCCCCACAGGCUCCCCCUCUCCACCUCCUGGGGACCAUCAUGAAUGGUGCCCCGUCCCCAGAGAAUGGAGCCUCCCCGUCCCCUGUCCCCUUGCCACCACCCCCUCCCCCAAGUUGGCGGGAGUUCUGUGAGUCCCAUGCCCGGGCUGCCGCCCUGGAUUUUGCCCGCCGGUUCCGCCUCUACCUGGCCUCCCACCCCCAAUAUGCAGGGCCAGGAGCAGAGGCUGCCUUCUCCCGCCGUUUUGCUGAGCUCUUCCUGCAGCACUUUGAAGCGGAGGUGGCCAGGGCCUCUGGCUCCCUCUCGCCACCCAUCCUGGCUCCCCUGAGUCCUGGAGCGGAGCUCCCACUACAUGACCUAUCCCUUGAGAGCUGCAGGGUGGGUGGGCCCCUGGCUGUGCUGGGCCCUUCUCGAUCAUCUGAGGACCUGGCCGGCCCCCUCCCUUCCUCAGUCUCUUCCUCUUCAACAACCUCCUCGAAGCCGAAGCUAAAGAAACGCUUCUCCCUCCGCUCAGUGGGUCGCUCUGUCCGCGGUUCAGUCCGUGGCAUCCUGCAGUGGCGGGGGACCGUGGACCCUCCUUCCCCAGCUGGGCCCGUGGAGACCUCGUCAGGCCCCCCAGUCUUGGGAGGAAACAGCAACUCCAACUCCUCUGGGGGGGCUGGGACCAUUGGUAGGGGACUGGCUGGUGACGGAACAUCCCCGGGGGAAAGAUGGACUCACCGUUUUGAGAGGUUGAGACUAAGUCGGGGAGGGGGGACCUUGAAGGAUGGAACGGGGAUGGUGCAGAGGGAAGAGCUUCUGAGCUUCAUGGGGGCAGAAGAGGCAGCCCCUGACCCAGCUGGUGUGGGCCGGGGAGGCGGGACAGCCGGGUCUACCUCAGGGGGCGGAGGGCAGCCUCAGUGGCAGAAGUGUCGCUUACUGCUCCGGAGUGAAGGAGAAGGAGGAGGAGGAAGUCGUCUGGAGUUCUUUGUACCCCCCAAGGCUUCUCGGCCCCGCCUCAGCAUUCCCUGCUCUGCUAUAACAGAUGUCCGAACAACCACAGCCCUGGAGAUGCCUGACCGGGAGAACACGUUCGUGGUUAAGGUGGAAGGCCCCUCGGAGUAUAUCCUGGAGACAGCGGAUGCUCUACAUGUGAAGGCCUGGGUGUCUGACAUCCAAGAAUGCCUGAGCCCAGGACCGUGCCCUGCUGCCAGUCCCCGCCCCAUGACCCUCCCUCUGGCCCCUGGGACCUCAUGCCUUGCAAAGGAGAACACAGAUAGCUUGGAGCUGCCCUGCCUGAAUCACUCGGAGAAUCUGCCCAGCCAGGAUCUGCCGCUGGGGCCCAGUGAGAGCAAUGACCGCCUGUCGCAGGGGGCAUACGGGGGCCUCUCAGACCGCCCCUCGGCAUCCAUCUCCCCCAGCUCUGCCUCCAUUGCCGCCUCCCAUUUUGACUCAAUGGAACUCCUUCCCCCAGAGUUACCCCCCCGCAUCCCCAUUGAAGAGGGACCCCCAGCAGGGACAGUUCAUCCCCUCUCAGCCCCCUACCCUCCCCUGGAUACUCCAGAAGCCACCACAGGGUCAUUCCUGUUCCAGGGGGAGUCGGAGGGAGGUGAGGGAGACCAGCCCCUCUCAGGAUAUCCUUGGUUCCACGGGAUGCUCUCUCGACUCAAGGCCGCCCAGUUAGUGCUGGCAGGAGGUACGGGCUCCCACGGCGUUUUCCUGGUACGUCAGAGUGAGACGAGGCGGGGCGAGUACGUCCUCACUUUCAACUUCCAGGGCAAGGCCAAGCACCUGCGUUUGUCGCUGAAUGAGGAGGGUCAGUGCCGGGUCCAGCACCUGUGGUUCCAGUCCAUUUUUGAUAUGCUCGAGCAUUUCCGGGUGCACCCCAUCCCUCUGGAGUCUGGAGGCUCCAGUGAUGUUGUCCUUGUCAGCUAUGUCGUGUCCUCCCAGCGGCAGCAGGAAUCGAACACCUCCCGUGACCCACCCCAGCCCCUUGAACCCCCUUCAUGGACAGAUCUCCCACAUCCUGGGGCAGAAGAGGCGUCGGGGGCGCCAGAAGUGGCGGCAGCAACAGCCGCCACAGCCAAAGAGAGGCAAGAGAAAGCGGGCAGUGGAGGGGGCCAGGAAGAGCUGGUCCCCGUGGCUGAGCUGGUCCCCGUGGUUGAAUUGGAAGAGGCCAUAGCACCAGGCACCGAAGCCCUGGGAGGCGCUGGAUCUGGUGGAGACCCUGGGGUGACCCCGAUGGUGCAGCUCCAGCAGUUACCACUAGGGGGCAACGGAGAAGAAGGGGGCCAUCCCAGAGCCAUUAAUAACCAGUACUCCUUCGUGUGAAACCCCCUACCCCACCUUCUCUCCAGUCUCCCUGCUCCCCAGCCCUCAGUUCACAGGUUAGGGGUUGGGUCGGGACAUCAAGGAGAGGUAGGACCCCCCUUCCCACAUGCUUCCUGACCCUUGUCUGCCAAGGGCAUCCAUGUUGGUACUAGAAGAGGUCAAGAGCCCUGUUGAUUCCCCAGUCCAUACACUACAGGUGCCCCUUCCCCUGGGCAGGGGAUUUGGGCUCCAUUACCUCCCUGAGGGCUCUUGUGGCCAGUCCCACCCCUGGGGGCCACUUCCCCAUUAACCACCCCCAGCCCAAGGAAGGCAGAGGGGGAAGGGCUGUCAGUUAUAUUAAGGUGGUUGUUGUUGUUGUUUUAAACAAAAUGGUAAAGCGUAAAUAAAUAAAAGGGUUUAUCUUGGUUCCA